ACUGCAGAGGUUCCUUCAUCCUGGGUCUCACUUCAUGUUUUGGAUGCUGCAAGGCUGGGUGAGAGGAGACUCCAGGCGGGGGCCUGCCUUGGCACUGCCAUGAACCACUUCCAGGCCAUUCUGGCUCAGGUGCGGACACUGCUCUCCAGCCAGCAGCCCAGGCAGGUUCAGGCCCUCCUGGAUGGCCUGCUGGAAGAAGAGCUGCUCUCCCGGGAGUACCACUGUGCCCUGCUCCGUGAGCCUGAUGACGAGGCUCUGGCCCGCAAGAUUUCCUUGACUCUGCUGGAGAAAGGGGAUUUAGACUUGGCUUGCUCAAGCUGGAUCUGCAGCAGGCUCCAGGCCCCGGUGGUAGAGAGGGGCAGCAGCUACAGGGACCAUGGAGGCCAUAGUCUGCGUGCCACCAUGGAACUGGGGCUUCCAGAGGGCAGCUACCUGGAGCUCCUUAACAGUGAUGCCGACCCCCUACACCUUUACCACUUCUAUGACCAGAUGGACCUGGCCGGGGAGGAGGAGAUCGAGCUCAACUCAGAGCCGGACACAGACACCAUCAACUGUGACCAGUUCAGCAAGCUGUUGCAGGACAUGGAGGGGGAUGAAGAGACCCGGGAGGCCUAUGCCAACAUCGCGGAACUGGAUCAGUACGUGUUCCAGGACACCCAGUUGGAGGGCCUCAGCAAGGACCUCUUCAUAGAGCACAUUGGAGCAGAGGAAGCCUUCAGUGAGAGCAUGGAGGUCCCUGUAGAAGCAGGACCGAGGCCUCAGAAGAGACGCUCCUCAGAAGAGCACUCUAUGGACCCAAAGCACAGGAAGCUAGCUGUACCCUCUGUUGUGCCCAUGCUGACUGGCAGCUUCCUGAUGGGGCCAGCAAGCCUCUCCACCAAGCCCUACCUACCACCUGCUCUGCCCAAUCAAGAGCCAGUACCCAGCCAUGCAUACCUGGAGGGAGCAGCUCAGACAUCCGUGCCCACCUCUAUGUCCUCAUUGAACUGUUUGGAUCUCCCCAUCGGACACCUCCAGCUCCUUCCCACCCUGCCACAGGGGCUCUGGCAAAUAUCAGGGGCUGACACAGGGCUCCCCAGUGUUCUGAUCUACCAUGGUGAGAUGCCCCAGGUCAAUCAAGAUGCUUCAGGCAGCCCCACUGUCCCCAGCCUCCCCAAAUCCCCAGACAGGCUGGGCUCCAUCAGCCCCUUUGCACCGUCUGCGGCUGACCUACCCAGCAUGCCUGAACCUGCGCUGACUUCCCGUGCUCAUGAGAUGGAGGACACAACAUCCCCCUCCCCAUGCCAAGAGGAUCCUGAGUCUUCCAUCAAGCUUCCAAAAUGGCCAGAGUCUGUGGAGCGGUUCCAGAACUCCCUGAAGGACAAGUACCAGGUGGAGCCCGAGAGCCUGAGCGGUCCCCUGGUAGCCACGGAGCUGGUGCGGGCCAGGUUGGAGAGAGGCAGCAACAAGAGCCAGGAAAGGGAGCUAGCCACUCCAGACUGGACGGAGCGCCAGCUAGUCCAUGGUGGCCUGGCUGAGGUGCUUCAGGCUGCCGGCGCCCGCCGGCGGCCACGAGAGACACAGGUGGUUGCUGUGCUGGGCAAGGCUGGCCAGGGCAAGAGCCACUGGGCUCGGAUGGUGAGUCAGGCCUGGGCCCAUGGCCAGUUGCCACAAUAUGACUUUGUCUUCUAUGUCCCUUGUCACUGCUUGGAUCGUCCGGGGGACACUUACCACCUGCAGGAUCUGCUCUGUCCCCCAAGCCUGCAGCCACUGGUCAUGGAUGACGAGGUCUUAGGUCACAUUGUGAGGCAGCCAGAGCGUGUCCUGCUCAUUCUAGAUGCUUUUGAGGAGCUAGAGGCCCAAGAUGGCCUCCUACAUGGACCAUGUGGACCUCUGCCCCCAGAGCCCUGCUCCUUCCGGGGGCUGCUAGCUGGGCUUUUCCAGCGGAAGCUGCUGCGUGGCUGUACCCUGCUCCUCACAGCCCGGCCUCGGGGGCGCCUGGCUCAGAGCCUGAGCAAGGCAGAUGCCAUCUUUGAGGUGCCCAGCUUCUCUACUGAGCAGGCCCAGACGUACAUGAGACACUACUUUGAGAACUCAGAGACAGCAGGGGACCAAGACAAGGCCCUGGGCCUCCUGGAGGGUCAGCCUUUUCUCCUCACCCAUAGUCACAGCCCUGCUCUAUGCAGGGCUGUGUGCCAGCUCUCCAAGGCCCUGCUGGAACAGGGCACAGAGACCCAGCUGCCUUGCACACUUACAGGACUCUACGUCGGCUUGCUAGGCCCUGCAGCCAGAGACAGUCCUCCAGGGGCCUUAGUUGAACUGGCCAAGCUGGCCUGGGAGCUGGGCCGCAGACACCAAAGCACCUUGCAAGAGACCCAGUUACUAUCAGUGGAGGUGAGGACCUGGGCAGUGACCCACGGCUUGGUGCAGCCCACCCCGGGGACCACAGAGGCCCAGCUGGGCUUCUCCAGUUUUCUGUUCCAGUGCUUCCUGGGGGCUGUGUGGCUGGCACAGUGCAAUGACAUCAAAGACAAGGAGCUGCCACAGUACCUGGCCUUGACCCCAAGGAAGAAGAGACCCUAUGACAACUGGCUGGAGGGUGUACCACGCUUUCUGGCUGGGUUGGUUUUCCAGCCUCGAGGCCACUGCCUGGGCGCUCUGAUGGAGCCUGCAGUGGCAGACAGGAAACGGAAGGUUCUCACCCGGUACCUGAAGCGCCUGAAGCUGGGGACUCUGCGGGCCGGGCGGCUGCUGGAGCUGCUGCAUUGUGCUCAUGAGACACAGGACCCUGGGAUAUGGGAGCAUGUAGCACGCCAGCUCCCUGGGCACCUCUCCUUCCUGGGCACCCGGCUCACACCCCCAGAUGUGCACAUGCUGGGCAGGGCCCUAGAGACGGCCAGCCAGGACUUCUCCCUGGACCUCCGUCAGACCGGCAUUGAGCCCUCCGGACUGGGGGACCUCGUGGGACUCAGCUGUGUCACCAGUUUCAGGGCCGCCUUGAGUGACACAAUGGUGCUCUGGGAGUCCCUCCGGCAGCAGGGAGAGCCCCAGCUACUCCAGGUGGCAGAGGAGAAGUUCACCAUUGAGCCAUUUAAGGCCAAGUCUCCGAAGGACGUGGAAGACCUGGACAGCCUCGUGCAGACCCGCAGGCUAAGAAACCCCUCGGAGGAUGCAGCUCCGGAUCUUCCUGCCAUCCGGGACCUUAAGAAGCUAGAGUUUGCGUUGGGUCCGGUCUUGGGUCCCCAGGCUUUCCCCACACUGGCAAAGAUCCUUCCAGCGUUCUCAUCCCUGCAGCACCUGGACCUGGACUCACUCAGUGAGAACAAGAUCGGGGAUGAGGGUGUGUCGAAGCUCUCAGCCACCUUUCCUCAGCUCAAGGUCCUGGAGACGCUCAACCUGUCCCAAAACAGCAUCACUGAUGUGGGUGCCUGCAAGCUUGCAGAAGCCCUGCCGGCCCUGGCCAAGUCCCUCCUAAGGCUGAGCUUGUACAAUAACUGCAUCUGUGACGCAGGAGCCAAGAGCCUGGCACAAGUGCUUCCAGACAUGGUGUCCCUGCGGGUGAUGGAUGUCCAGUUUAACAAGUUCACGGCUGCCGGUGCCCAGCGGCUGGCCUCCAGCCUUCAGAAGUGCCCUCAAGUGGAAACGCUGGCAAUGUGGACACCCACAAUCCCCUUUGGGGUUCAGGAACACUUGCAGCAGCUGGAUGCCCGGAUCAGCCUGAGAUGACCCUGCUGUGCCCCGGACAAGCAUGUACUCUGGGACACUGACCACGCUGGACCUUGAACUGGGCACUGUGGACUCUGCUCUUCUGUGGGCCAUAUCCCAUGAGAGUCAGCCUCUGGUAACGCUGCCCCUGCAGGCUCAGAGUUGGGCUCUGCCUAGAUGAGGAACGGACACAUGUCUUGCUCUUCUCCAGGCUGCAAGAGCAGCUACAGGCUCUUGAGUGCCAGGCAGGAAGGCAGCCCCCUUCAGUGGCUGUGAGCAAUGGCAGGCAGGCCUGGGCUGCAUUCAGUGGAUCCACCCAGGAGGCCAAAGACCUUCUCUUUGACGGUCCAGGCCAGAGUACAGAACUGAAGCAGCCACGCACCUGCCUGGCCAGGCCAGGGCCAGCCUGGUGAGAAGGCACUUCUCCCCUGACAGGGCCUGCUCUGAAGACACUAAGUGUGGCCCUGGCCUGCAGACCUCCAAAUGCGACAGGGAGUCUAUGGCAGCUCUUUCUACUUGAGGUGCUGUUUCCACAAACUUUCAGUCAAGGCCUGAGCUGGCUAAGACCCUGGAUGUGAACCAGGAGCCAGGAACGGUGGACUGCAGGACGGGAGAGCUGCAGCCGGGAGCUGCUCUGCCUUCUUCCAUACUCACUACAUUUUAAACACACUCUCACUGCAGCUCUGGGGCUUGGUUUAUCCCGCAAAUUCCAUCUGGGGGAUCCCUUCUGUCCUGGUAUCCAAUGCAAAAGAAACCACCCAAACCACAAGAACUUAAAACAGUCCACACUUCCAUACUGCCCCAACCCCUGUCCUUUAGGCAGGCUCAGAAGAGACAGCCCACCUGGCCCCACCAACCCUCUGAGUCAAUUGGGGGCAGCUAGAAGCUGGGCUGGAACCAUCUGAAGGCGUGUGCCUGUAUGUCUGGUGCAUGACAUGGGUUGCUGGCUGGGAGCCCUGAGUCCUUAGUAGACAGCUGGCUGGGGACUUCUCCAAGGGGAGCUGGCUUGCCUUCCUCAUAGCACCGCGUCUGCAUUAUAGGGUGACUCCCCAGUGAGGGAGAACAGAGAGGAGAAAGUGAGGAGACAUGGGCCACCUCAUAACAGGCUGCACAGCAUUGUUUCUACCACAUUCUGCAGUACAGAACAUGCACGGAGCGCGUGUGCACACCAUACAGCCCGGCCCUGCCCAGAUCCUGCACCUUCUGCAAGGAUUUUGGUAGAUUCUAAGAUCCCAGGCCGGAGGGCUGAAACAGUGACCAUGGUACAAAGGAGUGUUGUCUUCCACUGCUCCACUGCGUCCUGGGAGCAGUUCCCAGGACCACGCUGGUCGGCCUCAGCUGCAGCCCGCCAAAAGGAGCAGGUCGCACCAGUGCUGCCGUUCCUGUUUUCCCUGGGGUCUCUCACCUUGAGGUCAGGAGCCACUGAUCCCUCCAUCAGGACAGUGACAGCGUGCUUUCUUGCCUUGGCAGAGGGAGCCGUCUGUGUGGCUCCAGCAUGCCAGCCCUGAUGCCCAUAGGACUGGCCCACAUCCCAGUAAGUGGGAACUGGGCUAGAGGGCCCAGGGAGGUGGUCUGCAUGGCUGCUUGGGGGUGAUUCUCAGAGACAGGUCCAGCUGCAGAGGGUACCUGUGCAAGGCAUCAAGCUCAGGGGUGGCACAUGGAAGUCCCACUUGUGCGGUCACAGGGGAGGGUACCGAGGCACUCUCCAUCUGCUGCACCUACCAGUCAGGUAGGCAGACCUUUACCUCUGCCUUGGGUCUGUCUGGAGAUGCCCAAAGUACCUCUCCUUACUCUGCUGAGGGCUGGCACUUAUUAAUGGGUUGGUUUAUGUAAGGCACUCACUAUAGUGCCAGGGACACAGUAAAUGCUCAACAAAC